UUUAGAUCACGGUGUAGGCCGGAGUUCGUUGUGGGGUAUCCGGAAGGUUGGCUGCCUUUUUCGAUACGUCGUUCUGGUAUUGCAAAAGAAGCGUUUUUCACCUCUUUCUAUUGAGGAAUUAAAUGGUAGUGUCAUCGGGCAAGUACCAUAAACGUUGGGUUAGUGCUGGUAAUGAUUGUAGCUCAACGACAGUUAAGCGUCGCGAAAAUGUCACAAGAGUUAUCGCACCGCAUACUUAUGGUACCAGUUGGAAUUCGGUGCGCUGGAACAAACCAUUAGAAAGUGAUGGAACUGCUGGUGAUGGAUACUGGAGUCGAUCUAUGCCUUUUUCCGAAUCACUAUCAAAGGGUUAUGAUACCAAAUCGUCUUACUCGAUGCCCCCAUUAGGACGUUUUGACACACAGUCUGCUAGCAAAAACAACAUCGAAUUGAAGAACUCCGGUCCGUAUAUAAGGGAGCGUUCUGCACGUUUUGGAGACUCUGUGUUAUCACUGAUGAAUAAUAAAACACCAAAUAGGACAUCGCCUCGACUUCCUUGGCUCUUUGAUAACCUGAAAAAUCGAAAGAAUACAACAUACAAUAAGUCUAUAAGAAAUGCACGAGAAAAUGCCGUCAUCGUCAAUAGCAGAUGGACAUUGCCUUCAUCCUCCGCAGUUCGGUCGUUUCAGUCAGAAGUACGAAAUACAGUUCUCGUAUCAUCAUCAUCAUCAUCAACUUCAACAUCACUUUACAAUAGAUCUUUCUUAAGCAAUAUGUCGCAGACGGUCAUUAGCAAUCAUGGAAACGUAGCGCUCAGAACGGACCGUCCAUGGCGCCGUCGCAUGGCUGACGCUGCGCGUUUGCGCAUUGUUCACGGAGAUGAGAUUGGUGGUGCAGUAUGUUCAACACUUGCAACAAUACGAGCACGUCGUAACAGUAUACCAAACGGACGUAACUUUACCAAUAACAACGGCGAUGAAUUACGUAGUUCACUUAACGCGUUGAAGAACUAUAUAGAUGAACAAACUACGCAGCAUACUCCCAUUCGUGGUUUCUACUCUACCCGGUGGAACUCGGGACGAUUUUCAGAAUACAUGUCAAGAAGCUAUUCCCCGGUUCGACCAAAAUCAAGCGCAUAUACUACGAAGUUCUCUAAAUAUACUUCUAUUUCUACAGAUAUGUUGUUAAGACCGUUGCGCUCUUCGUGGCAAUCUAAUACUUUGGAUAAAAAUGUUAAAUCAUAUAUAUUAGAUGAAGUUGUUCGCAAUUCACCGAUACCGACGAAUAUUUGUGAACGCGAAUUAACUGGUCCAUUAUUACCCAGCAAAGAGAGAACACUCCGUCAUCAGUCGCAGCAGCGCAAAUUAGGAGUAGAAUCAAAUUCUUCAUCCGACACUGAACGAUGGACUGAGGUACGUAAACGGAGGUUACGGAAACGACUUAAGAAGAAAUUUAAUGAUGAAGGCAGAUCUGAGAAUAAACAGUUACUGACGAGUGCAGAAAAAGGAAUGAUGACAACUGAUAAAGAGAUAAGUUUGAAAACUGAUAUUCGAAAGGACAGUGUUGCUAAGGAGAAGGCAAUGAAACGUGGUCAGAUCUUGGACAGUUCUGAGACAUCAUCUUUGAUUGCUUUUCCGACAACAUACGGUGAGGGAUCAGAACUGAGAAUAAUAACCAAAGAAUGCGAUAAAGCACAAUUUGAAAAAGCUGAUAAGGAGAGGGAAGACAAGCUGAUGAAAGAGUUACAUUCGUUUACAAAGAUAAAAUCAGGACAGAAAUGCGAUAACGUAACACUCGAAACAAAUUAUAUCAAUCACAAAAAGGAGGUGAAGCAUGUAACUACUAAAAGAAAGAAAGGCAAUAAAUGUACGGAAUGUAAAGACAAACCGACGGAAGUGCCAAAUAUCGACGUACAGCAGGCAGAUCGGAGAGAAAAGUCUUGUUCGGAUCAGCUUCUGUCGCUGCGACCGAUACCGCCGAUAACCCUUUCGUCACCUAACAACUCACGCAAAAAUACAAUCAUGGCCACACUAAUGGGCAAUCUCUUCGAAGCAAGCAGGAAACGAUAUGAUGUUGACGUGGCUGAUUUCAAUUCUUCAGGUUUAUAA